AUGGGAGCUGAGCCGGACUUCUCACCACAGCCGCCGGAGCCGACGCACUCGCCGGAGCCGGAGAUCUCCGGCAAGGACAGCCGGGUAAGCAUCUCGUCCCUCCUCCUGCUGGUGCUAUUCCUGUCCUCCUGCUGGUGGGAUGUCUUCCGAUUUCGUGGCAGCUUACGUUCCUGUGCGUGCGUGGGGUGGGAUGGGAUCCAGAACUGGAAGGCGGACAUGAUGUCGGCUCUCGGGGAGUCGGUCUCCUUCGGCCGCUUCCUCACGGAGCCGCUAGAAUGGGGGAAGUGGUCCGCCUUCGCGCACAACCGCUACCUCGACGAGGCGGCGGUGCAGGCGCGCCCGGGCUCUGUCGCGCAGAAGAAGGCAUUCUUCGAGGCGCACUACGCUAGGAAGAAGCGCAAGAGCGAGGACCACGCCGCCGCCAGUGAUGAUGUUGCAGGCGGUGAUGGCGAUCUCGAGGCGGCAGAGGAUGGUGGUGCCGCCUCGUGGUCGUUGUCUGCUGCGGAGUCUUCCUGCAUGACGGAUGAACCAUCGGCACCAGCGGAGGAGGUGUGCUGCGGUUGGGAGGAUGGAGUGGUGGAUUGUGGUGACAGCGCCAGUGACAAGGCAGUACACGUGCCCGAGGAGCUCGCGGCCAUCACCGAUGCCGUUGGGCCUUCUUGCAGGAUGGAUGCGCCCACGAAUGAGAUGUGCCACAUGGAGGGCAGCGACCAAGUGGUUGGAGCAGUUUUGCAAUUGCAGAAGCAGGAUUUGUGCAUGGGUAGUUUGACGGCCGUUGAUGCCACUUCGAAGGAAAUUUCCAUUUUGAACCAGGAUAUCACAGAUUCUGUCAAGAAAAGGAGGAUCCAGAUGGCGUCCCUGCUUUCAAAGCCAGCAAAGCUCAGCUCUUCCCCCACAGCAAAGAAAGGGCAGUCUUCCUCAGCUAAAAGGCGGUCGAUGUGGCAGUCUGCAAAGGAGAACACCUCACCUCCUAGUGCAGACAGUAGCAAGCUAGGAACAACUUCGACCCCCCAAAAGACGUCAACACUGUCAGCCUUGCAUAUGUCUAUGGACUCAAGAAAUCUUGGUACCAAAAUUGCUGAUAGGAUUAGCCAGUUGGAGUAUGCAACCAGGUCUGCAGAAAGCACUAAGCCUCAUGAUUUAAGGCUAUCAAGAAAGACAUUUUCUAGUGCUUUGCCCGAAAUUGCUCCAAGGACAUCUCAAGUGGAUGAAGAAAGAUCAUCACAUAUAAUGAAAAUCAAAGAAAAGCUAUUUGGUUCGACAUCCCCAACAGUGCAUCAGAAAUCUGGUAUAACCAAAGAAAAAGAGUUGUCCCACCACCAUGGCUGCGAGGUGGUGGUGCGUGCAAGUGGAGUUGCAGUGAGGUCGAACAACUUGUUGAAGAGGAUGCUGCUGAAUUCGUGGCCAGAUGGUGAGAUAGAUAGGCAACCUAUCUUCGUUGAGGCGUAUGAAGAUGCGGUAGAUGUUGAGGAAUUGACAUCUGACGUUAUGCAAGAAGACUGCUGUGAUGGUGGGCACCAUGUUUUCAGGCCACUCCUGGGCCAUCAAGAUGCUUGUUAG